AUGAAGUUCUUCGCCAUUGCUCUCGCUACUGCCGUCUCUUCGGUCUUCGCCCUUAACUCUUUCACCGCUCCUCUCGGCAAUGAAACCCUCACUGCCGGCGGUGAGUACAUUAUCCGUUGGAACAAUACUGGCGCUGGUGAUACUGUCGACCUCCUCCUCAAGAAGGGAAGUGCUGACAAUCUUCAAACCGCUCUCACCAUUGCCUCCUCUCUCGCUAACAAUGGUGCCGUCAGAUGGCACCUCCCCGAUGACCUUGUCACUGGCUCUGACUAUGCUCUCGAAAUUGUUGACGACGCUUCUGGUGACAUUAACUACUCUCCCUUCUUCGCCAUUGAUGGUGUGACCCCCUCUUCUACCUCUUCUGUCGCUUCCUCUACUGUUGUCUCUUCUUCUUCUGCUUCCAAGUCUGCCUCUGCCUCUGCCUCUGCCUCUGCCUCUGCCUCUGCUUCCAAGUCUGCUUCUUCCGCUGCUUCUUCUGCUGAGUCCUCUGCUGAGUCUUCCGCCUCCGCCUCUGCCUCCGCCUCUGCCUCCGCCUCCGCCUCUGCUUCUGCUUCCGCAUCUGCUGAGUCCUCUGCUGAGUCCUCCGCUGAGUCCUCCGCUGAGUCUUCCGCUGAGUCCUCCGCUGAGUCUUCCGCUGAGUCUUCCGCUGUCUCUUCCUCUGCUUCCGCUGCAGUCAACUCUACUGUCAUUGCAACCACCUCUGUUGCUGCUACUUCUUCUGAGGAACAGACUUCUUCUGCCAUUGCCUCUUCCUUUGCCAACUCUACUAUUGCCACUACUACCAAGACUGGCUCUGCCUCUAAGUCUGCUUCUGGCUCUGGCUCUGAAUCUGCUUCUGCCACUGGCUCUGAAUCUGCUUCUGAGUCUGCUUCUGCUUCUGCUUCCAAGUCUGCCUCAGCUUCUGCUUCUGCUUCCAAGUCUGCCUCAGCUUCCCACUCUGCUUCUGGCUCUGCUGCUGCCUCCUCUUCUGUUGCCACCAAUGGUGCUUCUUUUGUCUCUUACUCUUCUCUUGUCCUUGCUGGUGGUAUUUCUGCUGCCAUCUUCAUGGCUCUCUAA